UGGGGAUUAAAAAAUUGGGAAUUAAAAAAAGAAGAUUCUAGAACCAAAAACGCUCAUCUUCUCCCGCCGUACAUCCGACAAAAGAUCUCUGACUCUGAUCAAAACUUGAGCCCUAAUUCCCUUUGAUCUUUGUUGAAUCGCACAGAGCAGCGAGAAGAUGGUGUUGGCGGAGCUAGGUAGCCGGAUUACCCAGGCGAUACAGCAGAUGAACAAUGUGACAAUUAUCGAUGAAAAGGCUCUGAAUGAUUGCUUAAACGAGAUAACUCGCGCUUUGCUCCAGUCCGAUGUUUCUUUCCCUCUUGUGAAGGAGAUGCAGACCAAUAUUAAGAAGAUCGUUAACCUCCGCGAUCUAGCAGCUGGCCACAACAAGCGCCGGAUCAUUGAGCAGGCUAUCUUCAAUGAACUGUGUAAGAUGUUGGAUCCAGGAAAGCCUGCAUUUUCCCCCAAAAAGGCCAAACCUGGUGUUGUUAUGUUCGUAGGAUUACAAGGUGCUGGGAAAACAACAACGUGUACCAAGUAUGCUUAUUACCAUCAGAAGAAAGGGUACAAACCAGCUCUUGUGUGUGCGGAUACUUUCAGGGCAGGUGCUUUCGAUCAGCUUAAACAGAAUGCCACCAAGGCUAAGAUCCCCUUUUAUGGAAGCUACACAGAAUCCGAUCCUGUGAAAAUUGCUGUGGAGGGAGUUGAGAGGUUCAAGAAAGAAAAGUGUGAUCUUAUUAUUGUUGACACCAGUGGUCGCCAUAAACAAGAAGCUUCUCUCUUUGAAGAAAUGCGUCAAGUUGCUGAAGCAACGAAACCAGAUCUUGUUAUAUUUGUUAUGGAUAGCAGUAUUGGUCAAGCUGCAUUUGAUCAAGCUCAAGCAUUUAAGCAAACUGUUGCUGUUGGAGCUGUAAUCAUUACUAAGAUGGACGGCCAUGCUAAGGGUGGUGGUGCUCUUAGCGCUGUUGCAGCUACAAAAAGUCCUGUGAUAUUCAUUGGAACAGGAGAGCAUAUGGAUGAGUUUGAAGUGUUUGACGUCAAACCAUUUGUCAGCCGUCUCUUAGGAAUGGGUGAUUGGUCUGGUCUCGUGGAUAAAAUACAAGAGGUAGUACCUAAAGAUCUACAGCAUGAACUUGUAGAAAAGGUCUCUCAGGGUAAUUUUACGUUGAGAACUCUGUACGAGCAGUUCCAGUGCACACUGAAUCUUCCACUUAAUCAGCUUUACUCGAUGCUGCCUGGAAUUAGUGCUCAAUUGAUGCCGAAAGGACAUGAAGAAGAAAGCCGAGCAAAGAUGAAGCGAUACAUGACAAUGAUGGAUUCUAUGACAGAUAAAGAACUGGACAGCUCAAACCCAAAGGUGUUUAGCGAGUCAAGGAUAAUGCGGAUAGCGAGAGGGUCAGGGAGGUUUGUAAGAGAAGUGAUGGAGAUGUUGGAAGAGUACAAGAGGAUAGCAAAGACUAUGAAAGGGAUAAAAAUACCAAAGAAUGGAGACAUGAGCAAGGUCAUACCGCCUCAGAUGUUAAAACAGAUAGGCGGCAUGGGUGGUCUGCAGAGUCUCAUGAAGCAGAUGGGUUCGGCUAAGGACAUGAUGGGAAUGUUUGGUGGUAGAGACAAGUAGUUUCUAUCUCCCUUGCGGUCACUGGUGAAACUUACAUAUAAGAAAAUGGGAGAUUUAUAUAUAUAAAAUCAGGAAGAAGAUAAUGUGUUUAACACAUUCUAAUGACUAAAAAUGCUUAAUUGUUGUCUCAAAAACAUACAAUCAAUUAUAUUUAGAACUACU